AUGAUCUAUCGACUAGCUGAUUCAUCCGGUAAAGCAAGAUAUGCAUACGCAUUACAUCCAGCUAUCACCCCUCCAACUCGGACGGUUCAAACCAUCAAACAACCACCACAACAACAGCAGUCAAUCAAACAACCCAUUAGAACUGUAGCACGUGAAUAUUACGUACACAGUGAUGAAGUGCUCAAUGAAAUGAAAUCAACACCUCUGAUUCAGAAUGCUGACGUUAUGGUGAACCGUAUGCAAACGGAGCAAAUUCAGUCGCCAUCUUCCGCAACAACGUCACAAAUCACAUUUAUACAACAACAGCAACAAAAUAUCGUGACGCUAAAUAAACUGAAGAAGAAACCUGUUGCACCAGAUGAAGAUCAGAGAGAAUCUGACCGAAUGAGCGAUUCAACCGUAGCCGCACAAGCUGGCGCUAUACAGCGUUUUGGUACAUUGGCCGGUUGGAAGCAAAUGGGUGCAUGGUUGAAGGCGGCCGAGAAGAACGGUGAUUGGAAUCGAUUGAAAUUAUUGUUGAGUCAGUGCGCUCAGGCAAGUCUAACAGUUGAGUUGUUACAAGCGAAUGACACGCCAAGAUUCGUGAGGAAGCUAUCGAAAAGUUGUGUUGAUGUUGACGUACGGAAAGUAGCUGGAGAUUUGGUGUUGCGGUGGAAGAAACUGAUAGCAGCGCCAUCAUCAGCAAGUAAUCAACACAUUGAGGAAGAGCCGAAGCGAGUUGGCUCGGCGAAGCGAAAAACGCCCCAUCCUCAGACAGCUUCAUCGUCGACGAAAGGCACUGCUGCAUCCAGUAAAAUAGCUAAAAAGAGCAAAAAUAUCAAGCAAGAGAUGCGAAAGAGAUCAGAUGAUUCGAACACCCUCUCCCAACAGCUAUCAUCUGAUAAUGCUGACGACGAUUCAACCCGGGAAAACUCUCCGAGAUUGGAAACAUCAACGAACGCACAACCUAAAUCGUCUGCUUCAAGUGAUACUUCUGUCGAUUCAUUAACGGCCAAAUCAGAAGAUUCCAGCACAAAGAAGAAUCAAACAACCGAGCAGAAGGCGUCAUCUUCCUCGAAAACAUCGCAGUCGAACAAAAUCAGCGAAUUCAACAUGUUCGAAAAGUUGCGACAAGAACGCAAAGAAGAGAAGCGACCAAAGCGAGCUCGAACCUACAUGGCCAAGUUUCGAUCAACAGGAUUGGAAGGUGAUGCGGAUGAAGCAACAAGUAAAGGCAAUGGCGCUGUUAAGAAGAGAAUGCCCAGUAAAGGCGUAUUGGAUGCAAAGAAACGUGAAAAGAAUGCGGCAUCGUCAUCAAAAGUUUCACCUGCAUCCUCUAAUAUGCCCCCACCAAUCACAUCAACACCUCCGUCGGAAAAGAAACUCUCACAGAAUUCACCCACACCAAGAGUAAUGGCAAGUAACACAUUUAUGGACGCACUUAUGGAUCCGGUCAUUAAGAAGACAACAGCUAAACCAGCGAAGAAAAAAGUUUUACUGACGGCCCCAAAACCGCUUCCAACAACGUCGUCGAUCAUGCCAAGCGUUAUGGAAGGUCUUUAUAGUGAUACAUCUAAAUUGCUGAACAAGGAUCUGAGUGCUAAUAAAUCGGAUGAGGCGAAUGCGAGUGCAGCAGACACAAGCAAAGUUGUUGAAGCUGUCGAACCGAAUGUCACUCCGAUCGGUAGUCGUAGGAUUAGAUUCGCGGAUGAGAUGGGUUCUGAUUUGGUGAGCGUACGCUACUUCGAAAUUGAAGAAGGAGAGCGAAUGAACGUCAGUAAGUUAUCAUCGGAAGAUAUGAAACAUUUGGAGAUGCAACGUGAACGCAAUUUCAUGAAGGAAAAUCGGUCGUUGAAUAGCGACGAUUUCGCAUUGGACGGUAAUGAUGAGGCAAAACCACUCAUUGCGUGGCGUCUCAUUUUGGUGGAUGAUGCAAAGAUAUUCGAGAGUCGUGGUUCGCAGAGCGUCGCGUGUAAGAUUGAAGAGGAACGUCAAAAAACCGUUAUGCGGCCAUUCUUUGAUCCUUCAGUUCCAGCAGAAAUGGCCGACGCUGAAGAGGAACUGAUACCGAAUCCUGUUCCACCAAUCAAUAUUCCCCUUGAAAUGAUUGAUGAGGUUUCUGAGGUACAGACUGAAAUACCUUCAACACCAUCAGUUGUCGUUAAUGCGAAGGAUGAGAAAAAAGCUGAUGAGACGAGUGCAAUCGAUGUUCAGGUUUGUGGAGAUCUGUGGUUGAUUCGUCUUUUUACUCUGAUCUUAUGUCAUGAUAUUAGGUUGAGCGGUGUGUCAGCUUUGCAGAAUACAUUGUCGGUGUAUUUCGAACAUUUAGCGCUCUCCGAUCCAAAUGACAAAUGGUCAGUUGCUAUUUCCGAUAAAUUGAUGAAUCAGUUGAAAGAGAAGGGAAUAGUGUCGUCGGGAUCGGAUUUGGCGAAUAUCCUGAAUAAAGUGACGACGGUAUCUUCAUCGCAGCCAUCGACAGCAAUCCCACAGAUCCCCAUUAUACCAACUGUACCCGCUAGUGCUCCUCGCUGUUCCACCCAAACAACAUAUGCACAAAUCCCAUCUGACUCUCUAGCACAGCUACCAAUGCCAAUCGCUCAUCAGGGCACUUUCCCAUCGACGUUACCAAUGCCUCCCAGGUUACCUCCACCACUACCGAAUGCAGUAGCAUCAUUCCCAGUGCCCAUUCAACAGCAAGCACCUCUGUUGAACGGUCCGGUACCGGCUGGUGUUACUCCCACUGUUGGUGUUGAUCCGAACCCAAACAGUGGACCUUCAACUUCGGAUGCUGCUUAUGAGCCAUACGGAAGAAUGCCUGUUAAGCAGUGUUCGUUCUUCCGUGCCGGUGCGUGUAACUAUGGAUCGAGAUGUCGUUAUUCACAUGGUGAUGAACCAACUGUAGGCACCAGACCUGACUAUUACGGGCGAUUUGUGCCAGGUCGCGGUGGACGUGGACCUUCGAUGAGACCUCCACGAGGCGGUCCACACAAUGACAGUGACUAUCGUCGUGGUGCUCAUGGAUAUGGUCCAAUGAGACGAAAUUUCGACCGUGAGCGUGAUUAUGACCGAGAUCGGGAUCGAGAUUAUCGGGGAUACGAUCGAUAUGAACGCAGAAGAAGACGAAGUCGUUCGAGGUCUCGUAGCAGAAGCAGGUCCCGGAGUCCACCAAGACGCCCUCGUUCGCCAGACAGACGUGGCGGUUCACGUCAAAGUUCACGUGACGAUAGAAGGCCUUAUGAUGAGAAAGAUAAGGAAAAAGAGAAAGUAGAGGAGAUGACGAAGAAAGUGAAUAUUGACCAACAAAAGAAUUCACCACCAGAAGAUCCGGUACCGUCAAAAUCAUCCGAUGCUGUUAAAGCAAAUCCGCAAAUUGAUUCGCCAUCAAGCCCUAAAGCUUCAUAA